AUGGGCGAGCACCCCAGCCCGGGCCCAGCGGUGGCCGCCUGCGCCGAGGCGGAGCGCAUCGAGGAGCUGGAACCCGAGGCCGAGGAGCGGCCGCCGGCGGAGGACCACUGGAAAGUCCUGUUUGAUCAGUGUGACCCUGGGAACACAGGCUUCAUCAGUACAGGCAAGUUCCGGAGCCUCCUGGACAGCCACAGCUCCAAGCUGGACCCACACAAGAGGGAGGUACUCCUGGCUCUCGCCGACAGCCAUGCCAACGGGCAGAUCUGCUACCAGGAUUUUGUCAACCUGAUGAGCAACAAGCGGUCCAACAGUUUUCGCCAGGCCAUCCUGCAGGGGAACCGCAGGCUCUGCAGCAAGGCCCUGCUGGAGGAGAAGGGGCUGAACCUCUCCCAGCGACUCAUCCGUCACGUGGCCUACGAGACCCUGCCCCGGGAGAUUGACCGGAAGUGGUACUACGACAGUUAUACCUGCUGCCCCCCGCCCUGGUUCAUGAUCACGGUCACACUGCUAGAGGUUGCCUUUUUCCUUUAUAAUGGGGUGUCGCUGGGCCAAUUUGUACUGCAGGUAACCCACCCACGAUACCUGAAGAACUCACUGGUUUACCAUCCACAGCUCCGAGCACAGGCUUGGCGUUACCUGACAUACAUAUUCAUGCAUGCGGGGAUCGAACACCUGGGCCUCAACGUGGUACUCCAGCUCCUGGUGGGGGUACCUCUGGAGAUGGUGCAUGGAGCAACCCGCAUUGGGCUUGUCUAUGUGGCCGGUGUCGUGGCAGGGUCCUUGGCGGUGUCUGUGGCCGACAUGACCGCGCCGGUGGUGGGCUCCUCUGGAGGGGUGUAUGCGCUCGUCUCUGCCCAUCUGGCCAACAUCGUCAUGAACUGGUCAGGCAUGAAGUGUCAAUUCAAGCUGCUGCGGAUGGCUGUGGCCUUGAUCUGUAUGAGCAUGGAGUUUGGGCGGGCCGUGUGGCUGCGCUUCCACCCAUCAGCUUACCCGCCCUGCCCUCACCCGAGCUUCGUGGCGCACUUGGGUGGCGUGGCUGUGGGCAUCACCCUGGGCGUGGUGGUCCUGAGGAACUACGAGCAGAGGCUGCAGGACCAGUCGCUGUGGUGGAUUUUCGUGGCCAUGUACACCGUCUUUGUGCUGUUCGCUGUCUUCUGGAACAUCUUUGCCUACACCCUGCUGGACUUGAAGCUGCCGCCGCCCCCCUAGAGACCUGGAGGACCUUGGUCCGGGAGAGAAGGGAGAAGCAGCGUCAGCCAGGAGCAGCCGCAUUCUUUUUCUCAUCACCAGCUCAGUGAGGCCAGAGAGGAGAGGACAGGAGAGGCUGCGCUGCUGUAACAUUUGUGUUCAGAUCUGAACAGGCAGUGGAGGCCUUUUUCUGAAGGCACCCACUGGAGGAAUUGGAUAUGGCUUCUGUAGUUUUUCAAGACUGUUCUGAGGACCUCGGGCCAGGGUGAAGGCCUGGGGCGAGGUGAGAGUGGCCGUCCCUUGGGGCUGGCCGUGUCCCAUGUGUUCAGGGACACAGACUGGGCGGCAGCCUUCUUCACCCGCCACCCAGAGGUACCUAAGAGGGGAAGGAAGGCCCGCGGCUAUAUAGCCAGGCAGGCCCUGUCCAGCCCACAGGUCACUAUGGGCCAGGACUUGUUCCCUCCAAAGCUACUGGGUAUGGAGCUCUGGAGUGGAAGGGGGCCUGGUGGUGGAGGAUGGUCAACUUUGGUCAGGGCUGGGGGAAGCCAGGAUGCCCUCCCAUGCCUGUUGGUGGGCACUGGGGUGUGGCCUCUCAGGCCUGGAGAGAGCAGAGGGAGAUCCUAUGGCUCCAGGCCCCCCCUUGCCCUCAGGGUACCUGUGAGAGGAGCCCGAGAGGGAGGCAAUAACUUUGUUCAGGGCUUCCCCAGUGGCUCAGAUGAUAACAAAUCUGCCUGCUGUGCGGGAGACCCAGGUUCGAUCUCUGGGUCGGGAAGAUCCCCUGGAGAAGGGAAUGGCUACCUACUCCAGUAUUCUUGCCUGGAGAAUCCCCGUGGGCAGAGGAGCCUGGUGGGCUACAGUCCAUGGGAUCACAAAGAGUCCAACAGGACUGAGCGACUUUCACUUUCACUCCCCUCCUCACCACGUGCCCCCCUACCCCCAGCGCCUGGGGGAAGGGAAGGGUAUUGGCUUCGGACUUCUCCCGAGUGCUGACAUCUCACACCAGUGUCCGGACAUCCAUCCCCUUUUGUUCAGGGUCUUUUCCUCCCCUUCCACUGCUCACAGCCCCCAGUGUGCCUGCCUUCUGCUUGCAGAGCCCAUGUUCUGGUACGUGUGUACAUGUAUGUGUGUGCAUGCGUGUGUGUGCACAUGCAUGGUUUGGUGGGCAGGUGCACAUGUGAUGGGAAAGAUGAUGUGAGGCCAGCUGGAGGCUGCAGGGGAAGCCUGCAGAGGGUGGGGGCUGUGGGGGAGUCUGCCUGAGAGGAUGGAGGGCACUGAGAGACAGGAAACUCUCGCCCCCUUCUUCCCCACCCUCGUUCUUUCCCGGUGCCUCCCUGAGAAUCCCUGACCAGCGGGAGAUGUGCUAUGGUCAAGGGAGACCUCAGGCCCUUCCAGGGACCUUGAGGAUGCUGAGGUUUCCCUCCCCUUUGCCACGUUCUGGUCUGACUCCCGCCUAGAAGAGCCUUCCUAUCUGAAAAGAUUCUGUUUGUCUCCCUUAGGAGGGAAGGAGCUUUGGGGGUGCAGGAAAGGCUGGAGCAGGAAUGUUGGGGCCAAGUGUCCUUUUGAAGUUGGGGGGCACAGGGCCUCCAAUUCAGACAGGAAGCUGCUCCUGGAGAAGAAUCGGUGGGUGCUUGGAAUAUUGUAGGUGAGGAGGGCAGCCUUCGGAUGCUCAGAGCCGGGAGGGCACAAGGAGAUGGUCAAAUCUGUGCCCCCACCCCAAAACAAGUGGCAAAACAGGGCUGAGGCAGUGAUCCCCUGCAGGAGCUGGUGCCCACCCCAAGGGGAGGGUGUGGGGAGGAUGGCCUUGUCUCUUUAUGCUGCCCUGGGGACUCCAAACACUGACAGCCCAGGGGGCUGCGUUCCUACAGGAAUGGGGCCGCCUCAAGCCUGUCAGAGUCCUUACAUAUGCUAAGGUCCAGAGUCAGCCAGGCCAGGUACUGGGGAGUCUUGGGCCAUUGUGAUCACCCAUAAAUGGGCAGGGUCCUCCUACCCCGGGACACCCCUACUCAUCCCUGGGCUACGCCAAGCCCUGCCCUGUCUUGGCCCAACGAUAGAUUGUUCUGGUCCCCACGUAUGGCUCCCGAGGUCACGCUGCACUUGUGUCCACACUGUGCUCAGGACACCCUGGGGCGAUGGGCCCAGGUCUUUGGCUGAGCCGUGCCAGUCUGUCCCUGCCAGCCAUCGUCCGCCCUCCUGAGAGCUAGGUGUGGCCGGAAGAGUGAGCUUCUUAGGAGAGGGGACUCUGAGCUGGAAAGGGGGCUGAGAAGAUGUGGGCAAGGACGGGGGUGGGAGGGACUCCGUCGUGGGCUGUCACCCCUGCUAACCCUGAGUGAUGCUGUCCCUUCUGGGAGCAACAGAGGCUGCUUGUGCCCCGCUGGGAGGCAGGGCAUCACCUCCAUCCUGGCACCUGGGCGCUCUGGGAUGUGGUGGAGGAAGUGGAGACAUUUCUGCCUUUAUCUGCUGUGGUCUGGAGUGGGGGGCUUCCUGUCUCAGGCGUGGGAAGACUGUGAACAGGAAGAGUCUAGAAAGCCCGUCAGGGAAGCACCCAGUUCUUCAGGGCUUCAGAUGGAAGCUUGUUACUGAGAAGGACUGUGUGAGGCGGAGGUGUGGAGUCUUGCCCUGUGAGGCCUGGGAGGCGCUCAGGGCUCCUUCUCUAUACCCCCUGCCGCCAGCCCCAGCUGCUGCUGGUCCACAAGCCACCUCGAAGUUCUUCCUUGUGUUCAGCGCCUACCUCUGCCGCCUCUUCCGACCACCUCAUCCAAGCAGGACCACAGAGUGGUGGCAGGGGUCACUUCAGACGCCCUCCAGGUCUCCAGCCCAGGGCCGGCAGACAGCUGUCCGGUAAGAAAGGCUUACUUUUGGGGGUCUGGCUUCCUCCCUGGCAGGCCCCUCUGUUCCCACGCUCCCUCCUCAUCCAGUAUGGCCACCUGACCGGGUGCUGAGCAGCAGAGGGUGGACUGAAUCUUCAGGCUGUAGAAGCCAGUCAGCCUUUUAUCCACAGGCUUCAGAGACUGAAAACUGAAGGUUCCCCAAACAGCAGCCCCGGACUCACCCCCUCCUUAUAUGGAAGAACAAUCACAGAAACUGGGGAAAGGAAAACAAACCUUCCAAGGAGAAAUUUCAUUCUAAUGACACCAUUCAUCAUUAGUUUUUUAAUUAGGAAAAGCUCCCGGAUGAGGCGGCUUUGCCAGCUCAUAGGGUUCUCAAUUUCCACGAGAACCAUUCUUGCCCGGAGGAUUAGGGGAGUUGGUUCUCACCAAGCCCAGACCUCCCUGCAGUGUCCAGUUUCGUUGGAAAAUAAUGCCGAUUCCUGGGUACAGUGGAAAACCCUUUCCUGGCAUCAUUCAUGGUCCCAGUGCUGGCCAGAAAGCUCCAAAACUCCUCUGCCUUAAAAAACUGCCCAACCCAACACCUGUCUUCCCCCCCAGGACUGGAGUAGGUGGAAACAAAACUAAUCCCAAGCUGCAGUGUUUGUUUCUAAAUAUUUUUGUAUCGUGUACAUUCUGUAUAUUUUUGUUGUAACAUAUUAUUUGAGCACAGAUUCCAUUAAAGAUUUUUUUUUUUUCUUUAA